GCCCCGGACGCGCCGCGCGCGGCCCCACGUUUUAGUUCCUUUCUCCCCCGAGCGCCCCUCUACACCCUCGCGACGCACAUGGCCCCCGAGAAGAACACUUCUAUUUCCAGUCUCUGCGGCUCUCCCCGCCACGGCGCCCUUUGUUGAGAGGAUAUUUUAUCAAGCAGAAAUGCAUCGAACAACCAGAAUCAAGAUCACUGAACUAAAUCCCCACCUAAUGUGUGUGCUUUGUGGAGGGUACUUCAUUGAUGCCACGACCAUAAUAGAAUGUCUACAUUCCUUCUGUAAAACGUGUAUUGUGCGUUACUUGGAGACCAGCAAAUAUUGUCCUAUCUGUGAUGUCCAAGUUCACAAAACCAGACCACUACUGAAUAUAAGGUCAGAUAAAACUCUCCAAGAUAUUGUAUACAAAUUAGUUCCAGGGCUUUUCAAAAUCUUUUUCUCCCCCCCCCCUUUAGAUGAAAUGAAGAGAAGAAGGGAUUUUUAUGCAGCUCAUCCUUCAGCUGAUGCUGCCAAUGGCUCUAAUGAAGAUAGAGGAGAAGUUGCAGAUGAAGAUAAGAGAAUUAUAACUGAUGAUGAGAUAAUAAGCUUAUCCAUUGAAUUCUUUGACCAGAACAGAUUGGAUCGGAAAGUAAACAAAGACAAGGAGAAACCUAAGGAGGAGGUGAAUGAUAAAAGGUAUUUACGUUGCCCAGCAGCAAUGACUGUGAUGCACCUAAGAAAGUUUCUCAGAAGUAAAAUGGACAUACCUAAUACUUUCCAGAUUGAUGUCAUGUAUGAAGAGGAACCGUUAAAGGAUUACUAUACACUAAUGGACAUUGCCUACAUUUAUACCUGGAGAAGGAAUGGUCCGCUUCCUUUGAAAUACAGAGUUCGACCUACUUGUAAAAGAAUGAAGAUGAGUCACCAGAGAGAUGGACUGACAAAUGCUGGAGAACUGGAAAGUGACUCUGGGAGUGACAAGGCCAACAGCCCCGCAGGAGGUGCUCCCUCCACCUCUUCCUGUCUGCCCAGCCCCAGCACUCCCGUUCAGUCUCCUCACCCUCAGUUCCCUCACAUCUCCAGCACUAUGAAUGGAACCAGCAGCAGCCCCAGCGGUAACCACCAAUCUUCCUUUGCCAAUAGACCUCGAAAAUCAUCAGUAAAUGGGUCGUCAGCAACUUCAUCUGGUUGAUACCUGAGACUCUUAAGGAAAAAAAAUUUUAAAUCCCCGAUUUAUAUAGAUAUCUUCAUGCCAUUACAGCUUUAGAGAUGCUAAUACAUGUGACUGUCGUCCAAUUUGCUUUCUUUUGUAGUGACAUUAAAUUUGGCUAUAAAAGAUGGACUAGAUGUGAUAUUCAUAUGGACGUUAAUGGAAAAGAUUGUUCCUCUAAAGAAUUGGUUUCUGAGAAGGCAGGCAAGAUGUUUUUCUAUGUGUUAGGCAAGAUGUGAAAUGGUUUCUGUAACCAUUGUUCAGAUUUGAAAAAUUCUGCAGUGGAUAUAAACAUUGGGCCAUAGUUUGUUAAUCUCAACUAACGCCUACAUUACAUUCUCCUUGAUUGUUCUUGUUAUUAUGCUGUUUUGUGAACCUGUAGAAAACAAGUGCUUUUUAUCUUGAAAUUCAACAAACAGAAAGAAUAUGCAUAGAAUAAUGCAUUCUAUGUAGCCAUGUCACUGUGAAUAACGACUUCUUGCAUAUUUAGCCAUUUUGAUUCCUGUUUGAUUUUUACUUCUCUGUUGCUACACAAAACCGAUCAAAGGAAAGUAAACUUCAGUUUUACAAUCUGUAUGCCUAAAAGCGGGUACUACCGUUUAUUUUACUGACUUGUUUAAAUGAUUCGCUUUUGUAAGAAUCAGAUGGCAUUAUGCUUGUUGUACGAUGCCAUAUUGGUAUAUGACAUAACAGGAAACAGUAUUGUAUGAUAUAUUUAUAAAUACUAUAAAGAAAAUAUUGUGUUUCAUGCAUUCAGAAAUGGUUGUUAAAAUUCUCCCAACUGGUUCGACCUUUGCAGAUACCCUAUGUUUGAGCCUUAUCAGCAUAGAACAUUUUUAAUGUGGAUCUCUAAUUCUAAAUUCUAUUCCAUUGAAAGCAAUUGGCAAAUCAUAAUACUGAUUUUCUGUAGUAAAAUACAUGUUUACUUUUAAAAUUAAUUGUUGCAGUAAAGAAAAACUUUUAACUAAAGACUUUGGAAACCGUUUUCAUUUCCUAUUGCUUUUGAUGGAAUGAAUGUUUUUAAAAUGCAUAUUGAUCACUAUAAUUCUAAAACAAAUUUUUUAAGUAAACCAGCAAAUUGCUGGAAGAAGGCAUUUUAUCUAAAAUUAACAUGUGGUUUAGCAGUUACUUCAAAUUUAAGGAGUUGCUUUUACAGUUACAAACAAUGACAUAUGCCCUCCUCUAAUAUCUUGAAAUAGAAGCAAUUUAUUUUUAGCUUCUCCAGGUAUUAAUUUUUAAACAGAGUGAACAUGUAUUUAAAAUAUGAAUAACCACAACCGUUUUCAGUUUGUGUUUUGCUUUGGUCGAACUUGGUGUGUGUUCAUCACCCAUCAGUUAUUUGUGAGGGUGUUUAUUCUAUAUGAAUAUCGUUUCAUGUUUGUAUGGGAAAAUUGUAGCUAAACAUUUCAUUGUCCCCAGUCUGCAAAAGAAGCACAAUUCUAUUGCUUUGUCUUGCUUAUAGUCAUUAAAUCAUUACUUUUACAUAUAUUGCUGUUAUUUCUGCUUUCUUUAAAUAUACAGUAAAUGAAGUUUUAUGAAACCACAAAAUACAUAUAUUUUUAUUUUGACCUAAAUUUGUACAGUACCAUUGUAAGUGUUGUUUCUAAUUAUAGAUGUAAAAUUAAAUUUCAUUUGUAAUUGGAAAAAUCCAAUAAAAAGGAUAUUCAUUUAGAAAAUAGCUAAGACUUUAAUAAAAAUUUGAUAUGAAAAGCACAAUGUGCAGAAGUUUUGGAAACCCUACUGUGGAUUACAGCAGGUAAAACUAAAGAGAAUCCAUUGCUGUCUUAAGUAGUGAUGUUGCUAAGAAGUCCAUGCUUUGUUGUAUAAUUGCUUGAAAGCCCAAUUGAAAGAUGUAUCUGUUUAUUUACUCUACAAUCUUUGAAGUAAAAGUUACCCAUGUUUGCCAA